CCACGACAACUUCAAAACUAACUGCUCUGGGAGCGAUUAUCUCACUAUACGGGGCCACCCUGCGUGAGGCUUGCACACUGCAAGUACCUGAUUAUUAGGCAUUCGAACCAUGCUCUCUCUUGGUACCAUCCUCUAUGUCUCCGUGCUCCUCAUCAAUGCUAUGGCCGUUCUGAGUGAAGACAGGUUCCUUGCCAGAAUUGGCUGGGCUUCGACGCCAGUACAGACUGGCGGCGCGUACGCGCAACCAUAUGAGCAGCCGGGGUAUGCAGGUGUACAGCAGGACGUUGGCGUGAAGGGCAGGAUUAUCAAUCUAAUAAGUGCUGUACGGACUCUAAUGAGGAUACCUUUGAUUGGCAUUAACCUAGUCAUUAUCGUAUAUGAACUCAUUCUCGGUGGUUGAAUGGAAUCUAUCCUUAUUUGUCAUGCAUACUAC